GCAUUCUCUUAUUUAAAAAAGCAGUUGGAGUUGAGAGAGGUUAUUGAAGUUGUUGAGAGUACUUUGACAAGGAUUUGAAGAGAGUUACUGUGAGGAUUACCGCCAGAAUGAUGUUGUCUCGUCGCGCAUGCUACAAGUGUGGCACCAUUGGCCACUAUGCUGAGGUCUGCUCUUCCACUGAGCGUCUCUGCUACAACUGCAAGCAGCCCGGCCACGAGUCGAGCGCCUGCCCUCUGCCCCGUACCACCGAGACCAAGCAGUGCUACAACUGCCAGGGUCUCGGCCACGUCCAGGCUGACUGCCCCACCCUGCGUCUGAACGGUGGUGCCAACGGCCGCUGCUACAACUGCAGCCAGCCCGGCCACCUUGCCCGCAACUGCACCAACCCCACUGCUCCCGGAGCUGGUGCUCCCCCUACCGGACCCGCUGCUGGCCGCGGCGCCGGUGGUGCUCGUGGCGGUUUCCAGGGUGGAUUCCGCGGUGGAUUCAGCGGCUACCCCCGCGCCGCCACCUGCUACAAGUGCGGUGGUCCCAACCACUUCGCUCGCGACUGCCAGGCUCAGGCUAUGAAGUGCUACGCCUGCGGCAAGCUCGGCCACAUCUCGCGUGACUGCACCGCUCCCAACGGUGGUCCCCUCAGCUCUGCCGGUAAGGUCUGCUACAAGUGCGCCCAGGCUGGCCACAUCUCCCGCGACUGCCCUACCAACGAGGGUGCCACUGCUCCUGUUGCUGCCGUCGAGGCUACCCCCGUUGUCGCUGCCCCCGUUGUGGCGGCUACCCCUGCUGUCGCCGCUACCGAGGCUGCCACUGAGGCUAACACUGUCCCCGCUGCGGCUCCUACUACUGCCGUCGCUUAAGUGUGUUCGGCUCUAUCUCUCCACUGUGCUUCCGCCAUUGGAGGAAUGCCUGGAGUUCCUUUUCUUUCUUGAUUCUGUAUUACGGUCACUUUCCCUACACCUCGAUCGGCCCUUUCUCUCCGCCAUUUCUUCCUUUGCAUAUAUUUAAAUCACACCCUCUGUUUUGGGGAACGGGGUCUGGUUUCUGGACCUUAAAAAACAACAGCUUUUGAUUUCCCUUUUUCACCCUUUUGGAACUUGUCCUUUUUUUUACUUAUUUUUUUUUCCCCCUAUCAUGUAUACGACGAACAAACAGAAAAGUUCUUUUUGGUUUUGUUUUUCGCUAAGUCACCCUCGACUUGACUUUCUCAAGUCUUACGAUUGGCGUCUGUUGUCUAUUCUCAUGGAUUAUCUUUCUUGGUUUUCGAUCGACUCUUGGUUGCGGUUUUCCUGAAUGGGGCCAAGGGGAGAACGAGGAGAUGAAGUGUGGCAAUGAGAGAAAAUGUUGAAGCUGGGGAGAAUUGGAUUCGGGGACCGUUGCAACUGUGUUGUGGAGAGAAAGCGGACUGCCAGAUGGGAAGAGUCCUGAGAGUAUCUGAGAGUAUUUCGAGAGUCUAAAAAAGAAAUAUCUCAAUCA